AUGGACGACAAUAAAGUCUUACCUCCAUAUCUUCAGCAAGGUGAACUCAAUGAAGAAAUGGAGAAUAACAUGAACAUAGGUGUAAUUGCUGCUUGCAUUGCGAUUCUGGGAGUGGUUGCAUUUUCCAUUAAAAGUUUUAUAGAUGUGCCUUCCAUUUUGAGUGUGCUUAUAAAUGCCUGGUUUGCAGGAGGUACAGUUUAUCUUGUUGCUAUUAGCUACGGUAUUGUGAAUGAUCUAAUCGCCUGCCGAAAGAACCUACCUUAUUUUAUACUCGGUCACCAAAACUACCAAAGAGGACUCGUAAAAUCAAAUGACCCUAAUGUAGUGGCAAUCGCUUGGGGCAUUUAUGCAACCAAAGAUCUUGCGAUGAUAUUCAGUACCAUAUUUACUAUUGUCUCAUUAGUUACAGGUCUUAUAGGGCUUCCCUUUGCAGCAUUUGUAUUACCUCUUAUAGUAUCAACAAUUCCUUUCGUGAUACUGGGAGCGCACUUACAUGCAAGAAAGUGGGAGAAAUUAACACAAUUAACAUUUCCUUUUAUAUCAGAAUAUCAAAAUAACCGUUUGGAAUAUUGGUUGAAAGAACAGAAAGAUAUUAACACAUGGUAUGCAAACAGUGCCAGAAAUGAAUACGGGUAUAGAAUAAUGCCUUUGAUUGGUUUGACAGGAUUAGUUUCAUUUAUUACUUUAAGUGGCAUAGCCAAAUUUUUACCAUCCAUUCUCUUUGGCAUAGUAUUUACAGUCUUUCUUCCUUUGGGUCUAGGUAUUUUACUAGCAAUUAGCAUUAUUAUAGCUUGCCUGUUUCUAUAUAUUUAUCGUGAUAAACAAGUUAAUAGCAAUUCUUAUAAACUGAAUUAUACACAGUCAUCCCAUAGUUUUUUUAAAAGUUUUGGAAAAUUAGGUGAAUAUGUGCAAGGAAUUCUUUUUAUGGUUUUUAUUAUUUUUAAAGCUAUAAUUUGCUGUCAAUUAUGCUGA